GAAACCCUCCUCUACAUAUUUUCCUAGCUACUAAUAUAUAACCCUCACACUCACUCUCUUCUGCUCUACUACACUUAAACCAAACCAAAAUUUAAAAGAAGAAGUAAAAAGGAUUAGUCUUUUUCUCUUUUUUUCCCCCUAAUUUUGUGAUUUUCGGACAUGGGGUUUGAAGAUUCAGACAGAAGCUUGAAACCUAUAAAGAUAAGGGAAGUUUGGUCGGAUAAUUUAGAAUCAGAGUUCGCGUUGAUCAGCCAGGUAAUUGAUGAGUACCCUUUCAUCUCUAUGGACACCGAAUUUCCGGGUCUUGUGUUCAAACCAAAAGUGGACCCCACUAGGCCUUUCCACGCCCAACUCCGACCCUCCGAUCAUUACCAGAUCCUCAAAUCCAACGUUGAUUCUUUGAACUUGAUCCAAGUGGGCCUCACCCUCUCCGAUUCUUCAGGUAAUCUGCCUAACCUCGGAACUGACGACACUCAGUUCAUCUGGGAAUUCAAUUUCCGCGACUUCGAUGUGGACCGUGACGCUCACGCCCCUGAUUCCAUCGAGCUCUUGAGGAGGCAAGGGAUUGAUUUUGAGAAGAAUAAGGAACAGGGGAUUGACUCGGUACGGUUCGCUGAGUUGAUGAUGUCCUCUGGACUCGUUUGUAAUGACUCAGUGAGUUGGGUGACUUUUCACAGCGCCUAUGAUUUUGGGUAUCUGGUUAAGAUACUAACGCGCCGGGACUUGCCGGCGGGCUUAGAUGAGUUUUUGAGGGUUCUCAGGGUGUUUUUCGGCAACAGGGUUUAUGAUUUGAAGCACGUGAUGAGAUUCUGCAAGAGCUUGUACGGUGGGUUGGACCGGGUCGCUCGGACCUUGGAAGUGAAACGGGCGGUUGGGAAGUGUCACCAAGCUGGGUCCGAUUCCCUGCUGACGUGGCACGCAUUUAAGAAAAUGAGGGACGUGUAUUUUGUGAAUGAUGGACCGGAAAAGCAUGCCGGUGUAUUGUAUGGAUUGGAAGUAUAUUAAAUUUAAUUUGUUAAUUAAAUUAAAUUGUCGAAUUAUUUUAACAUAAAUCUAUUUAAUUCAUUGAUUAAGUUGAAAAUUUUAUAACUUUCUCUCAUUUUUAUCCUACUAUUGAAAUUGAAACUAAGAACCCUCAAAUUCUAAUAUCACUAAAAUAAAAGUUCUUUAAUCAAAAUUAUUUAUUCAAUAAGUUAAGAUGUGUUGUAUUUUUCUCCACACUAGGUAGUUGCAUUGACCAUAUAAUUGAGACUAAACAUUAAAAUAGCACUAGUAUUUUUAUUUGGGUAUGUUAGCCAGGACAAAAAGGAGAGGAAAGGAUUCAAACUUUGACACUUGGGGUUCCUCAAUUCCUAAGUGAAU